AUGAGCAACCAGGGAGAGGGACCCCAGUCCACCGCGGAUCUUACCGCCUUUGUCCAGAACCUGCUGACGCAGAUGCAGUCGCGUUUCCAGCAGAUGAGCGACAGCAUCAUCAACCGCAUCGACGAGAUGGGCGAGCGGAUAGACGACCUGGAGAGGUCCGUCCAGGAUCUGGUGUCACAGGCGGAGGAGGGCGACGGCGAGAACAAAGGCGCAGUCUCCAAGCAAUGA